GAACAGCCAUAGAAGGAGAAAUGGAAUUUGGCAGUGACGCAAAAGAAUUCAUUGAACGGCACUUCUAUGUAGAUGAUGGGCUAAAGUCAUUCUCUUCCAUAGAGCAGGCCAUUGAUGUUCUUAGUAGGGCACAGAAGAUGCUGGCUCAGUGUAACAUACGCCUACACAAAAUCUCAUCCAAUUGUCCUCUCAUAACAGGAGCCUUUCCAACCGAAGAUCGUGCUGUAGGCAUGCAAGGUCUUGACAUUGGGCAGACUACCCCACCAAUGCAGCGCAGUUUGGGCUUAGGAUGGGAGCUGUUGACUGACCAAUUCAAGUUCCAAGUAAGAGUAAAUGAAAGGCCGUUCACAAAAAGGGGAGUUCUGUCAGUUAUCAACAGUGUGUUCGACCCACUUGGUUUUGCUAUUCCAGUAAUCGUAGGGGGUAGAACCAUACUCAGAGACAUUUCCACAAAUGUUUCAGAGUGGGACACUGAACUGCCAAAAGAUAAAUUAGAACAGUGGCAAAAGUGGAAAAGUUCCCUCGGACACCUACAACAUCUUGAAAUUCCCAGAAUGUACACUUCAAUACCGCUGUCUGCAGCCCAAAGAAUAGAGAUUGACGUUUUUUGUGAUGCUUCCACAAAAGCCGUAGGUGCGGUAGCCUACCUCAAACUCACAAAUGAGGACGGACACAGCGAAGUGGGAUUCCUCCUCGGCAAAGCACGUUUAGCUCCUAAACCAGACAUCACCAUACCCCGACUUGAACUCUGUGCAGCAGUCCUGGCCGUGGAAGUAGCAGAGUUGGUUCUAGAGGAGCUGGAUGUCACAGUCGAUCAGGUGAAUCUUUACACAGACUCAAAGGUAGUGCUUGGGUACAUCUCAAACACCAAGAGACGCUUUCACGUUUAUGUGCACAACAGAGUCGAACGCAUCAGGCGCUUUGCACAAACUCACCAGUGGCAUUACGUGCCCACACACUUAAAUCCGGCAGACCAUGCCACACGAGCGUUGCCCGCUGAGCAGCUCUCCAGCUCCACCUGGCUCAGAGGCCCAGCUUUCCUCUCCAGGUUGGACCAAAGUCAAGUUCGAAGUCAAACCUUCGAUCUCAUAGACCCAGAGACUGACUGUGAGUUGCGUCCUGAGGUAACAACUUGCACUACCACCCUAUCAAAAGCCCAGUUUAAUAGUGCCAGAUUUGAAAGGUUUUCAAGUUGGAAGGUGCUGCAAAAGGCUAUUGCCAAACUCCAACAUAUAGCUCAAUCAUUCAAGAACAACUCUGAGGUUUCCUGUCGUGGCUGGCACAACUGCAACAAACAUUUAACUGAAAAGUCACUGCAACUAGCCAAGACCACGAUCAUUCGCACCGUUCAAAGAGAGGUCUUCGCAGAAGAUAUUGGAUGCAUUGAAAAAGGCACAGCUCUAAAAAACUCAAGUCCACUCAGCAAACUGAAUCCAUUUGUUGACACGCAAGGGCUCCUUAAAGUUGGAGGCCGACUAAAGAAAGCACAGUUGUCUGCAGAAGAAACCAAUCCCAUACUCGUCCCUGGAAAGCAUCAUCUUGCUCAGCUCAUAAUAAGACACUUUCACGAAAAAUUAUGUCACCAGGGAAGGCAUUUCACGGAGGGAGCAGUCAGAGCAGGGGGCUUUUGGAUUGUGGGAGGAAAAAGAGCAGUAAGCAGUGUGAUUUUCAAGUGCAUCACAUGCCGCAAAUUAAGGGGCAGGCAACCUGAACAGAUAAUGGCUGAACUUCCUGAGGACAGGCUGUCCACGGACCCUCCUUUCACAAAUGUAGGCCUUGAUGUGUUCGGUCCCUGGUCCGUUACAGUGAGAAAAACGCGUGGUGCUAAUGCAGAUGCUAAAAGAUGGGCAGUCAUAUUCACCUGCAUGAGUACACGUGCAAUUCAUAUUGAAGUGAUUGAGUCAAUGGACACAUCGUCAUUCAUUAAUGCACUGCGUCGUUUCUUUGCCAUCCGAGGUGGUGCCAAACUCUUGAGAUCUGAUUGUGGGACAAAUUUUGUGAGUGCCUGCAAAGAGCUCCAAAUAGACAAACUAGGCUGUCACAAUGACAAAAUAGGCACAUUCUUGAAAGACAGUGCGUGCAAAUGGCAGUUUAAUCCUCCACAUGCAUCCCAUAUGGCUGGUUCCUGGGAACGCAUGAUCGGCGUCACCCGAAAAAUCCUCAAUGCAAUGCUCCUUGAACAUCCAUAUGGGAAGCUCACACAUGAAGUACUCGUAACAUUGUUAGCUGAAGUCACCGCAAUUGUAAAUGCCCGUCCGCUAACAGCCGUUUCUACAGAUCCCGAAAACCCAGUCAUUCUUACUCCUGCGAUGCUACUCACGCAAAAGGUUGGCACACCACCGAUUCCACCAGGGCAGUUUCAGACCAGUGACCUAUUCAAAGCCCAAUGGAAGCGCGUGCAGUACUUAGCUAAUGUUUUCUGGAGUCGUUGGCAGAAAGAAUACAUCGCAGGCUUGCAGGUUCGUCGCAAGUGGAAAAUAAAAAAGCCGAACCUUCAAAUGGGCGACGUUGUUUUAAUGAGGGAGUCUCUGGAACAUAGGAAUAAUUGGCCACUCGGACUGAUCACAAAAUCUUUCCCAAGUGAGGACGGUAAUGUCAGAAAAGUUGAGGUUAAGAUUUGCCGAAACGGCGAGAAUAGGUUUUACAUUCGCCCAAUUCGUGAAGUUGUGCUUUUGCUGUCUAAGGGUAGCAUGUAAAACGAGUUGUUGUUGUGUAUCGUUCAUUAGUUAAGAGCUGACAUCUUGCAGAUGUCAGGCGGGGAGUGUUAUGUCCUCUGGUCUUAUGUUGACUACUUUUUGGGUUUAAUUUCUUUCUAAGAUUGUACAUUGUUCAUCCGUCCACAGGAUGUCGCUAUUCUAACUCAGAAUCUUAAGUUUUUCUUUGGUAUUGCUGUUUGCGCUCGGCUUCCCCUAGUGGCGACUUGCUGUAAGCAGCAGGCAGAAAGAACUUUUUAUUUCAGUUGGAAAAGAGGCCUUGAGGUGUUAAGACGUUGCACACCUCCUCUGCACCAUACAUCGUUGGGAACCCUUGACAAAACAAAAUCUGCCCUAAAUAAAAGAGGAGCUGAGCUGGACAGCUAACUCCACAUCUAUUUAGAAGAAGUCCCGAGAAAGACUCAACUUCCUGAGGAUCUUCAGGUUCCUCAGGAUGAACAACUUGAGGCCCUAAAUAAGAGUGGACCUGACCUGAACUGCUAACUCCACAUCUAUUUAGAAGAAGGCACAACACAGACUCAACCUCCUGAGAUUCUUCAGGAUGAACAACUUGAGAUCUGAGCUCCGGAUGUCCUUUUACCGCUGCUAGGCAUCUAAAUUACAGAGGACCUGACCAGGAUUGCUAACUCCAAAUCUAUCUUGAAGAAGACUCGACUUCCUGCGGAUUGUCUGGAAGAAUAACUUGAAAUUUGAGCUGUUGGUGUCCCUCUACCCCUGCUAGGUAGAGUCAGUGCUAAGCCACAACAUCCAGCUUGGGUUCUCCAGCUAGAAACGCUUCCAGAGGGGUAUUGACAGUCCCCAGAGAC